GAGGAGCGAGGCGCCAUCCCCGGCAGCAGCAGCUGAACUGAAGGAAAGUCAUCAUGGGAGCAUUUUUAGACAAGCCAAAGAUGGAGAAGCAUAAUGCCCAGGGGCAGGGGAAUGGGCUUCGUUACGGUCUGAGUAGUAUGCAAGGCUGGCGAGUUGAAAUGGAGGAUGCACAUACAGCUGUGAUUGGUUUGCCAAAUGGACUUGAUGGAUGGUCAUUUUUUGCUGUAUAUGACGGGCAUGCUGGAUCACAGGUUGCCAAGUACUGCUGUGAGCAUUUAUUAGAUCACAUCACGAGCAACCAGGAUUUUAAAGGGCCAGAUGGGCCACCAUCUGUGGAAAGUGUAAAGAGCGGCAUCAGAACAGGUUUUCUGCAAAUUGAUGAACACAUGAGAGUCAUCUCCGAGAAGAAACAUGGCGCAGACAGAAGUGGGUCAACAGCUGUGGGUGUCAUGAUUUCUCCCCAACAUACAUACUUCAUCAACUGUGGAGACUCGAGAGGUUUACUUUGUAGAAACAGGAAGGUUCACUUCUUCACACAGGAUCACAAACCAAGUAAUCCACUGGAGAAAGAGCGUAUACAGAAUGCAGGUGGCUCUGUAAUGAUUCAGCGUGUGAACGGCUCUCUUGCUGUUUCAAGGGCACUUGGGGACUUUGAUUACAAAUGUGUCCAUGGGAAAGGUCCUACAGAACAGCUAGUCUCACCUGAGCCUGAAGUUUAUGAAAUUGAGAGAUCAGAAGAAGAUGAUCAAUUCAUCAUACUGGCUUGUGACGGUAUCUGGGAUGUUAUGGGAAAUGAAGAGCUGUGUGACUUUGUAAGAUCCAGACUUGAAGUCACUGAUGACCUUGAGAAAGUUUGCAAUGAGAUAGUUGACACCUGCUUGUACAAGGGAAGUCGCGACAACAUGAGUGUGAUAUUGAUCUGUUUUCCGAAUGCACCAAAGGUAUCGCCAGAGGCGGUGAAAAGAGAGGCAGAGUUGGACAAGUACCUGGAAAGCAGAGUAGAAGAGAUCAUAAAGAAGCAGGGUGAAGGAGUCCCAGACUUAGUCCACGUGAUGCGUACGUUAGCAACUGAGAGCAUCCCAAACCUCCCGCCAGGGGGUGAAUUGGCAAGCAAACGGAGUGUGAUUGAAGCUGUUUAUAACAGACUGAACCCCUACCGGAAUGAUGAUACUGAUUCUGCCUCAACUGAUGAUAUGUGGUAAAACUGCUCAUGUAGCUGUGGAGUUCACGUUUCAUCCUUCAAAUGAAAGUGCAGCCCAACCUCAGUGGCCCUUCUUAACAUCCAUCCUCAACCUUAAUUAAAGAAGGGAGUAUGAUGUGUUGGUGAGAGUGACUACAGCAGUACGACAUCUAGCCCAGGAACUGAUCUUUUUUGUAAAACAGACUUCUGUAAACGUGAUUUCAAACCAUAAUUCAUGUUGUAAAUCAGACUCCAGCAAUUUAUGUUGUAUGAUUUUGUUUUUGUAAAGUGCAAUUGUCUCUGUACAAAAUGCUCAUAUUUAAUUAUGAACUGCUUUAAAUCACUAUAAAGGUUAGAAGAAAUGUUUGGCUUGUGUGAUGCAACAAUAUAUAUCCCUUUAAAUUCAUGUUGUGGUUUUGGAUUGCAAGGAGCAGCAGCCUAGCCAGCUAGGUGCUCAAGAGGUGCACAAAACUGUAAAGAUAUCUUUUCGUUUUAUAUGAAACCUGAACUUCUUUGUGGGCAACUUACCAGAAAUUACAGUGUGUGAAUUUGCUUGGCAAUGGAAAAAUAACUUGAGUAGUGCACAUUCUUCAACAGACAUGUAUUGUUUUCUUGGACGCACUCCUGCUCUCACAUUGAGUUAAAGGGAGUUCUGAUUUUGACUUCAGUGGGAGUUAAAUCAUGCCCUAUUAAUAGUAUCAUGUUCAUAUGCGUACGAACCUUGGGAUUAGAAUGCCUUGAUUCUUUGCACCUCUUUUUUCAUUAACCCUUACCUGAAACUACUAAUCACUGAGCACGAACAGGCAGCUUUCUACAUACAGUAGGAGUCUGCAGCAUUUUUACAAUCCUGAUUGGCUGGGUCUGCUGCUGUUCCAAGUAAAAUACUUUGAAUUCCAUUUUAUCAAUAAAGCUUGAUUUAACAAACAAGAAAUUUUUCCAUAAAUGUGUAAUUCCUUUUUUCCUGCCUUUUAAAAAUGUCAGUGCCAUUGUAAAUGGUAUUUUACUUGUGGAAGAAUAUUUUUAUUAAUUGGUAGCCCAUUUUUAAAAUGGGAAGGAUUUUGAUUAUUGCCCAAGACAUAGCCAUAUGGUAGAGGAUGAUGUGGGAUUAAUCCGUUACCCUAUUUUUUACAAGUGUGGUUUUUUCAGGCUUUUUGGUGGUUCCCCCCCCCCC